AUGAACACCGCUUCCGGCUUCUCAGAUCCCCUUGUCACCAAUACCCCGCCACCUUUCAACGAGCUAUGCGCACGCAUUGAUGACCGCAUAUCCACCUUCCUGGACGCAAAGCAUGUAUCAGACCGUAUCAAAAACGUGCAGGAGCAGACGCGUACAUCGCUGGAAGUCAUAGCAGAGGCACUGGAAAGAUACAGUUUACCAGAACUGUCAUUAUCCUAUAAUGGCGGAAAAGACUGUCUUGUUCUGCUCAUACUAUACCUCUGUGGCAUGCACAGGCGAGGCCUGACCCAAACCUCCAACCCGUCGUCCAACAUCGAAACCGCCGCUGCAUUUGCAGAUUACCUCAAGGAUACUCCGUCAGUCAAGGCGAUAUUCGUAGGAACCCGACGGACAGAUCCGCAUGGCCAGCACUUGACCCAUUUCGACCCAACCGACUCCGGGUGGCCUGCAUUCUUCAUCCGAUACCUCAACAUCCCUUAUUGCUCCCUAUACGAUCUUGGCUAUACUUCGUUAGGUGGAACUACCGAUACGCACCCGAACCCGAAGCUGGUACGGCAGCCAUCGACACAACAAGUGCCACAAGUUGGGGAUGCGAAUAAUACACUGAAGCCUAAAUUCAGGCCAGCGUAUGAACUAGUGGAUGAUUACGAAGAGCGGUUGGGUAGAGAUAGAUAG